CAGCUUCCCCUCAGGCAGUGUGAGGACAGCCUGUGCCCCAGAAGCAGGAUGAGAAGAUGGCAAACUUCCUGUUACCUCGGGGCACCAGCAGCUUCCGCAGGUUCACCCGGGAGUCCCUUGCGGCCAUCGAGAAGCGCAUGGCGGAGAAGCAAGCCCGAGGCUCGGCCACCUUGCAGGAGAGCCGUGAGGGGCUGCCAGAACAGGAGGCUCCCCGGCCCCAGCUGGACCUGCAAGCCUCCAAAAAGCUGCCAGAUCUCUAUGGCAACCCACCCCGAGAACUCAUCGGAGAGCCCCUGGAGGACCUGGACCCCUUCUACAGUACCCAGAAGACGUUCAUCGUGCUGAAUAAAGGCAAGACCAUCUUCCGGUUCAGUGCCACCAACGCCCUGUACGUCCUCAGUCCCUUCCACCCUGUGCGGAGAGCGGCCGUGAAGAUUCUCGUUCAUUCGCUCUUCAGCAUGCUCAUCAUGUGUACCAUCCUCACCAACUGCGUGUUCAUGGCCCAGCAUGAGCCUCCACCCUGGACCAAAUAUGUCGAGUACACCUUCACCGCCAUCUACACCUUUGAGUCUCUGGUGAAGAUUCUGGCUCGAGGCUUCUGCCUGCAUGCAUUCACCUUCCUCCGGGACCCAUGGAACUGGCUGGACUUCAGUGUGAUUGUCAUGGCAUACACAACUGAAUUUGUGGACCUGGGCAAUGUCUCAGCUUUACGCACCUUCCGAGUCCUCCGGGCCCUGAAAACUAUAUCAGUCAUUUCAGGCCUGAAGACCAUCGUGGGGGCCCUGAUUCAGUCUGUGAAGAAGCUGGCCGAUGUGAUGGUCCUCACGGUCUUCUGCCUCAGCGUCUUCGCCCUCAUCGGCCUGCAGCUCUUCAUGGGCAACCUCAGGCACAAGUGCGUGCGCAACUUCACGAUGCUCAACGACACCAAUGGCUCCGUGGAGGCCGACGGUGUGGUCUGGGAAUCGCUAGACCGCUACCUCAGCAGCUCAGAAAAUUACCUGAUCAAGAAUGGCACCACAGACGUCUUACUGUGUGGGAACAGCUCUGAUGCCGGGACAUGUCCUGAGGGCUACCGGUGCCUAAAGGCAGGCAAGAACCCUGACCACGGCUAUACCAGCUUCGACUCCUUCGCCUGGGCAUUCCUCGCCCUCUUCCGCCUGAUGACGCAGGACUGCUGGGAGCGCCUCUACCAGCAGACUCUGAGGUCUGCGGGAAAGAUCUACAUGAUUUUCUUCAUGCUUGUCAUCUUCCUGGGCUCCUUCUACCUGGUGAACUUGAUCCUGGCUGUGGUUGCCAUGGCCUAUGAGGAGCAAAACCAAGCCACCAUUGCAGAGACCGAGGAGAAGGAAAAGCGCUUCCAAGAAGCCAUGGAGAUGCUCAAGAAAGAACAUGAGGCUCUCACCAUCAGGGGUGUGGACACUGUGUCCCGCAGCUCCUUGGAGAUGUCUCCUUUGGCCCCAGUAAUCACCCAUGAAAGAAGGAGCAAGAGGAGAAAACGAAUGUCUUCAGGGACGGAAGAGUGUGGGGAUGAAAGGUUCCCCAAGUCCGACUCAGAAGAUGGCCCCCGAGCAAUGAAUCACCUUGGCCUCACCCACGGCCUCAGCCGAACCUCAAUGAAGCCGCGCUCCAGCCGCGGGAGCAUUUUCACGUUUCGCCGUCGAGACCUGGGUUCCGAGACAGAUUUUGCUGACGAUGAAAACAGCACGGCAGGGGACAGCGAGAGCCACCGCACAUCACUGCUGGUGCCCUGGCCUCUGCGCCGGCCCAGUGCCCAGGGACAGCCCAGCCCUGGGACCUCGGCUCCUGGCCAUGCCCUCAAUGGCAAAAGGAACAGCACUGUGGACUGCAACGGGGUGGUCUCCUUGUUGGGGACGGGCGACCCUGAGGCCACCUCCCUGGGGAGCCGCCUCCUCCGCCCGAUGAUGCUGGAGCGCCCCCCAGACACGACCACACCGUCAGAGGAUCCAGGCAGGCCCCAGACGCUGACCCCGCAGGCCCCAGGCGUGGACGGCUUCGAGGAGCCAGGGGAGCGGCAGCGGGCCCUCAGCGCAGUCAGCGUCCUCACCAGCGCACUGGAAGAGCUGGAAGAGUCUCAUCGCAAGUGUCCGCCAUGUUGGAACCGCUUCGCCCAACACUACCUGAUCUGGGAGUGCUGCCCACUGUGGAUGUCUAUCAAGCAGAGAGUGAAGUUCAUGGUCAUGGACCCAUUCGCAGACCUCACCAUCACCAUGUGCAUCGUGCUCAACACGCUCUUCAUGGCCCUGGAGCACUAUAACAUGACAACUGAGUUCGAGGAGAUGCUGCAGGUCGGAAACCUGGUCUUCACAGGAAUCUUCACGGCAGAGAUGACCUUCAAGAUCAUUGCUCUUGAUCCCUACUACUACUUCCAGCAGGGCUGGAACAUCUUCGAUAGCGUCAUCGUCACCCUUAGCCUCAUGGAACUGGGCUUGUCCCGCAUGGGCAACCUGUCGGUGCUCCGCUCCUUCCGCCUGCUUCGGGUCUUUAAGCUGGCCAAGUCAUGGCCCACCCUGAACACACUCAUCAAGAUCAUCGGCAACUCAGUGGGGGCACUGGGGAACCUGACCCUGGUGCUGGCCAUCAUUGUGUUCAUCUUCGCUGUGGUGGGUAUGCAGCUCUUUGGCAAGAACUACUCAGAGCUGAGGCACCAAAUCAGCGACUCAGGCCUGCUGCCCCGCUGGCACAUGAUGGACUUCUUCCACGCCUUUCUCAUCAUCUUCCGCAUCCUCUGUGGCGAGUGGAUCGAGACCAUGUGGGAUUGUAUGGAGGUCUCUGGGCAGUCACUGUGUCUACUGGUCUUCUUGCUGGUUAUGGUCAUUGGCAACCUUGUGGUCCUGAACCUCUUCCUGGCUUUGCUGCUCAGCUCCUUCAGCGCAGACAACCUCACAGCCCCUGAUGAGGAUGGGGAGAUGAACAACCUCCAGCUGGCCCUGGCCCGCAUCCAGAGGGGCUUGCGCUUCGUCAAGCGGACCACCUGGGACUUCUGCUGUGGGCUCCUGCAGCGACGGCCCCCCAAACCCGCGGUCCUCGCCCCCCGUGGCCAGCUGCCUAGCUGCAUUGCCACCUCCAGCUCCCCACCGCCCGCUGAGACAGAGAAGGCGCCUCCAGCCCGCAAGGAAACCAGGUUUGAAGAAGGAAAGCGGCCAGGCCAGGGCACCCCGGGGGACCCGGAGCCCAUGUGUGUGCCGAUUGCCGUGGCUGAGUCAGACACAGAUGACCAGGAUGAUGAUGAGGAAGAGGAAGAGACCAGCAAGCAGGAAUCUCAACCUGUGUCCAGUGGCCCAGAGGCCCUCCCGGAGCCUGAGGCCUGGAGCCAGGUGUCAGAGACUGCUUCCUCCGAGGGUGAGGCCAGUGUGGCUCAGGCAGACUGGCAACAGCAGCGCAAAGCGGAGCCCCCAGCCCCAGGGUGCAGUGAGACCCACGAGGACAGUUACUCGGAGGGCAGCACGGCAGACAUGACCAACACCGCUGACCUGCUGGAGCAGAUCCCUGACCUGGGCGAGGACGUCAAGGAUCCAGAGGACUGCUUCACCGAAGGCUGUGUCCGGCGCUGCCCCUGCUGUGCUGUGGACACCACACAGUCCCCAGGGAAGGUCUGGUGGCGGCUGCGCAAGACCUGCUACCGCAUCGUGGAGCACAGCUGGUUCGAGACUUUCAUCAUCUUCAUGAUCCUGCUCAGCAGUGGAGCGCUGGCCUUCGAGGACAUCUACCUGGAGGAGCGGAAGACCAUCAGGGUUCUGCUGGAAUAUGCUGACAAGAUGUUCACCUACGUCUUUGUGCUGGAGAUGUUGCUCAAGUGGGUGGCCUACGGCUUCAAGAACUACUUCACCAACGCCUGGUGCUGGCUGGACUUCCUCAUCGUGGAUGUCUCCCUGAUCAGCCUGGUGGCCAACACCCUGGGCUUUGCCGAGAUGGGCCCCAUCAAGUCUCUGCGGACUCUGCGUGCACUCCGACCCCUGCGAGCCCUGUCACGAUUUGAGGGCAUGAGGGUUGUGGUCAACGCCCUGGUGGGCGCCAUCCCGUCCAUCAUGAACGUCCUACUCGUCUGCCUCAUCUUCUGGCUCAUCUUCAGCAUCAUGGGCGUGAACCUCUUCGCGGGGAAGUUUGGGAGGUGCAUCAACCAGACUGAAGGAGACCUGCCGUUGAACUACACCUUUGUGAACAACAAGAGUGACUGUGAGUCCUUCAACGUGACUGGCGAGUUGUACUGGACCAAGGUGAAAGUCAACUUUGACAACGUGGGGGCUGGGUACCUGGCCCUUCUGCAGGUGGCAACUUUCAAAGGCUGGAUGGAUAUCAUGUACGCAGCCGUGGACUCCCGGGGGUAUGAAGAACAGCCCCAGUGGGAGUACAACCUCUACAUGUACAUCUACUUCGUCGUUUUCAUCAUCUUCGGUUCUUUCUUCACCCUGAACCUUUUCAUCGGUGUCAUCAUUGAUAACUUCAACCAACAGAAGAAAAAGUUAGGGGGCCAGGACAUCUUCAUGACGGAGGAGCAGAAGAAAUACUACAAUGCCAUGAAGAAGCUGGGCUCCAAGAAGCCCCAGAAGCCCAUCCCACGCCCCUUGAACAAGUACCAGGGCUUCAUAUUCGACAUUGUGACCAAGCAGGCCUUUGAUGUCACCAUCAUGUUUCUCAUCUGCUUGAACAUGGUGACCAUGAUGGUAGAGACAGAUGACCAGAGCCCUGAGAAAGUCAACAUCUUGGCCAAGAUCAACCUGCUUUUUGUAGCCAUCUUCACGGGCGAGUGUAUCGUCAAGAUGGCUGCCCUCCGCCAUUAUUAUUUCACCAACAGCUGGAACAUCUUUGACUUCGUGGUCGUCAUCCUCUCCAUUGUGGGCACUGUGCUCUCGGACAUCAUCCAGAAGUACUUCUUCUCCCCGACACUCUUCAGAGUCAUCCGCCUGGCCCGCAUUGGCCGCAUCCUCAGACUGAUCCGAGGGGCCAAGGGGAUCCGCACGCUGCUCUUUGCCCUCAUGAUGUCCCUGCCGGCCCUCUUCAACAUCGGGCUGCUGCUCUUCCUCGUCAUGUUCAUCUACUCCAUCUUCGGCAUGGCCAACUUCGCUUAUGUCAAGUGGGAGGCUGGCAUUGACGACAUGUUCAACUUCCAGACCUUCGCCAACAGCAUGCUGUGUCUCUUCCAGAUCACCACGUCGGCUGGCUGGGAUGGCCUCCUCAGCCCUAUCCUCAACACGGGGCCCCCCUAUUGCGACCCCAACCUGCCCAACAGCAAUGGCUCCCGGGGGAACUGUGGGAGCCCAGCUGUGGGCAUCCUCUUCUUCACCACCUACAUCAUCAUCUCCUUCCUCAUCGUGGUCAACAUGUAUAUCGCCAUCAUCCUGGAGAACUUCAGUGUGGCCACGGAGGAGAGCACUGAGCCCCUAAGCGAGGACGACUUCGACAUGUUCUACGAGAUCUGGGAGAAGUUCGACCCCGAGGCCACCCAGUUCAUUGAAUAUUCAGCCCUGUCUGACUUUGCUGAUGCCCUGUCUGAGCCGCUGCGCAUCGCCAAACCCAACCAGAUAAGCCUCAUCAAUAUGGACCUGCCCAUGGUGAGCGGGGACCGGAUCCACUGCAUGGACAUCCUCUUUGCCUUCACCAAGAGGGUCCUGGGUGAGUCUGGGGAGAUGGACGCCCUGAAGAUCCAGAUGGAGGAGAAGUUCAUGGCAGCCAACCCGUCCAAGAUCUCCUACGAGCCCAUCACCACCACACUCAGGCGCAAGCACGAGGAGGUGUCGGCCACCAUCAUCCAGCGGGCCUUCCGGAGACACCUGCUGCAGCGCUCCGUGAAGCACGCCUCCUUCCUCUACCGCCGGCAGACGGGCAGCAGCGGCCUGUCUGAAGAAGACGCUCCCGAACAAGAGGGCCUCAUCGCCUACAUGAUGAAUGAGAACUUCUCCCCGCGCCUUGACCCCCCCUCCAGCUCCUCCAUCUCCUCCACAUCUUUCCCUCCCUCCUAUGACAGCGUCACCAGGGCCACCAGCGAUAACCUCCAGGUGCGGGUGUCUGACUACAGCCGCAGCGAAGAUCUCGCGGACUUCCCCACGUCCCCAGACAGGGACCGAGAGUCUAUUGUGUGAGGCUCGCCCCAGCUGGCCAGGACACACCAAAAGGCAGCCUGAUGCCUUGUGGUAAAGCUAAGUGCAGCCACAAACCAGCAUCCCCUGGGAUCUUCCUUGCUUUGGGCUUCGGGGGUGAGAGAUGAGUCUCAGCCCUCUGGAUCAAAGCAGAGUUGUGUGGCCCAAAUCGACGCCCGGAAGGAAGCUGACCCUUGGGAGGGGCCUGAUCCUAGAGACCCCCACCCACUCCUGGGGCUCUGAAAAGCAACUCUAUCCCAGCUGCUGAGGCAAAAUAUAAAACAGACUGUAUGUUAUGAAUGGGCUUUCUUAAAUUUAUUAUAUUUGAUAUUUUUUUACUUGAGCAAAGAACUAAAGUUUUUUUUCCAUGGACACAGGCAGCCGUUUACGCUGCCUCCUCUUAACUUGGAACAAGUCUGUGGAGCUGCUGGAACUCUGUCCUCAAAGCAAAACUGAAAUCCCAUGUGAGCUCCCCCUGGCCCUCAGGGCCGAGAGGCAGACAGGGGCACCCUGCUGCUUGGGCUGAGCCCCUUUCCUCUCACACACAUGUGCACACUCUUCAUGCCCACAGAGGCCAGGCGCUGGCCCUGUCUGUCAGGCCGCCGCCUCUGCCCCCUCCCCCCA